ACCUGCUUUUCCAGAUGGUAAAAUGCAAGGAUCAACGUGGAAUUAAGCUUGGCAAAACCAUUCCCUUAUGCGUCUACAGUUCAUAGAAAAGGUGUGUGGAGUUUUCCCGCAGCUGACAGAAAACUAGGAAUGGUUGCAUGGGAAUUUUUGCAACAAAGGAGAAGCAACGGGGUAACACACUCGGUUAUUUAGGGAGAAUAUAACUCAAUGCCUCUUCUUUGGAAACUACACCCUCAAGAAUCCAUGCACACUAUUUGCCAACAGCUGACUUUUUGUAAGAAGUGCUGCGCUUUAUGGCUGUCUUUGAAGUUGUGAAGUGGAAUACAAGCUGGAUUCAAAUUAACAUCUUUCUGUUUAGAUAUUUUGAUCACACAAUGUUUAAUUUUUACAAGUAAUCGACCUAUUCAAGUAACGUCCGUUAUUUGAGCCCCAUUGUUUUUGCUUAACCCAGACGGUUAGUGCUGAAUCUUUCAACCCGGCACCAUGAGUUUUGCCAAGCUCUUAGACCAUGUCGGGGGGAUGGGUCGCUUCCAAAUCAUCUAUGUGAUCUUACUGGCUAUCUCCGUUUUCAUGCUGGCCAGCCAUAACCUCCUGCAGAACUUCACUGCUGCCAUCUCUGAGCACCACUGCCAUGUCCAUAUCAACAUCAACAACACUCCUUACACCAACCUCACCGGAAAGCUCGCUGCCAAGGACCUCCUCAGGGUCUCCAUCCCCAUGGACAGCAACCAGCAGCCAGAGAAGUGUCACCGCUUUGUCACUAUGCAGUGGCAGCUCCUAGACUCCAAUGCCACAGUCACAAACCUAACCGAGCUGGAGACUGAACCCUGCGCUGAUGGGUGGGUGUACGACAAGAGCAUUUUCACCAGCACUAUCAUUACAGAGUGGGACCUGGUGUGUGACUCCCGGCAGCUGAAGCAGAUGGCUCAGUCCAUCUAUAUGGCUGGGAUCCUGGCGGGAGGCAUCAUCUUUGGACGUCUGUCAGACAGGUUUGGCCGCAGGUCUCCCUUGAUCUGGUGCAAUUUGCAGAUGGCUGUCACGGGCACCAGCACUGCCUUCUCGCCCAGCUUCACUGCCUACUGCAUCUUCCGUUUCCUGACCGGAAUGGCCUUCUCGGGCAUUGUGAUGAACGGUGUCUCUCUGUCUGUGGAAUGGACACCCACCCGCACACGGGCCGUUGUGGGCACCAUGUAUGGAUACUGCAUCACAAUCGGGCAGUGCAUUCUGGCUGGGGUGGCUUACGCCAUCCCCAGUUGGCGCUGGCUGCAGCUUGUGGUGUCUUUGCCCUAUUUCAUCUGCUUCAUCUACUCCUGGUGGUUCGCUGAGUCCGCCCGCUGGCUGGUAAUAGCCGGCAGACCCGACGAGGCAGUGAAACAGCUCCAGAGAGUGGCCAGGAUAAACCGGAAGAAAGAAGAAGGAGACAAACUCAACAUUGAGGUCUUGAGAUCCAACAUGCAGAAAGAAAUAGCCUCUGCAAAGAGCAGCUAUACCUUCAUCGACCUGGUGCGGACCCCUGUCGUACGCCGGAUCUCCUUCUGCCUCUGCUUUGUAUGGUUCUCCACCAGCUUUGCCUAUUAUGGGUUGGCCAUGGACCUGCAGAAUUUCGGUGUCAAUAUCUUCUUGAUCCAGCUGGUCUUUGGAGCUGUUGAUUUCCCAGCGAAGUUCAUCUCAGUCCUCACAAUCAGCUUCAUCGGGCGCCGGUUCACACAGGCCUUGACCCUCAUCCUGGCUGGACUCUCUAUCCUAGCCAACAUCUUUGUCCCACAAGAUCUGAAGACCCUGCGCACCAUUCUGGCUGUCGUUGGAAAAGGCUGUCUUGCUGCCUCCUUUAACUGUGUCUACCUCUACACGAGUGAGCUGUACCCCACAGUGAUUAGGCAGACUGGCAUGGGUUUGAGCAACACCAUGGCGCGUCUGGGCAGCAUCAUUGCCCCAUUGGUGAAGAUGUUGGAGGAAUACAUUCCCUUCCUGCCACUGAUCAUUUAUGGAGCUGCCCCAAUCAUCUCCGGCAUUGCAGCGACCUUCCUGCCCGAGACGCUCAACGUGCCAUUGCCUGAGACCAUAGAGGAGGUGGAGACACGACCCAGGCAUCUGAGAGAUGAAGAACAAGAAAUGAAGAUCCUUCUGAAACCCACCAUGCCAGACUCAGCCAAGGAAGCCAGUUAAGGAAAGAAAAACGAGCAACUGUUGUAGGGGCUAUGGGUACAAUUUUCAAAAGUGCCUAUGUGCCUUAGGAGCCUACGUUCCAUUUUCACCAGUGACUUAGCCACUCCCAUGAGAGUUAAGUGCCUCAUCUACCUGAGCACUUCUGAAAAUCCCACUGGGCACUUAUCUGAAUCUCUUGGCACCUAAAUACCUUGGAAAAUGUGGCUCCCAAUCAUUUUUGAAAGUGGGGGCUUAGGCACUUUUGAAGACUCCUCCCUAUCUCUUUUACUGUUUUAAUCAUGCCAGAAGUACUAUGCAGGCAUCAGUGACAACUCCAUAGGGGUUGAAUUUUGCACUUAAUGCAGGGAAUCAACCUCUUCAAACAGCAUGUUGACCUCCAAAUCACAGCAGGAAUUUAUACCACGGGACCUGCUGCUAUGCAAGGUGGGGGACACGAAUCAAUUACUCUAUGUAACUCCUCCAUGUAGUUCAAAAGCUAGUGUUGCACUCUGCUGGGAUCCAACAUAUGGUACCCAAGAGCUCAGCAAAUACUUUCGGGCCAGAUCCUCAGCAAGUGUUAAUCCACGUAGUGGAGGAUUGGCCCAGUACUGCAGGACAAACUAAAGAUUUUGCUUUGAUUGCAAAUCGCUUUUAAAUUUUUUAGUAUUUUUUUAUUAAAAAACAAUUCAAGGAAAUUUCUAAACAAAGUUGUUUCAAAUCGAAAAAUCAAAACAUUUAGACAUUUUGGGGAUUUUCCCCCCUGAAACGAACAAUUCAGCAAAACCAGUAUGAAAUCAUGAACCAUUGCAGUGUCACCAAAUCUGCAUUUUUCAUCCUAAAAAGUUUUGGUUGAAAAAUCUCGCACAGCUUCGCUAGUCAGAGAUUGGCUUAAGGCCCGAGGCAUGAGGUUUAUAUGCCUUCUAAAACUCUUUGUUGUAUUAUUGAUAUUCCUUUUACCCAUAGAGAUUUCAAUGUCAUCUUGUAUGAGUGAGUUCCACAGUCUAACACCAUCAUGUCAGAAAGGAUAUUUCCUUCGUUCAGUUUUGAAAACAGGGAAGGGAACCCAGGAGUCCCGAUUCUCAGUUUCCCCUGCCCUAGCCCACUACAUUUCACUGCCCUCAGAGUCGGGAGUCCUGACUCCCAACCCCCCCCAACACAAACACACUCUAACCUCCCCUCCCAGUCCAGAGCUGGGAAUGGAACCUGGGAGUCCCGACUCCGAGCCCCAUCUACUACUCUCCGGCCAGAGCUGGGAACAGAACUCAGAAGUCCUGACCCUCAUUCCUGCUGCUCUGACACACUAGACUCCAUUCCUUCUCUAACUGGUAACCAAACCCAGAAGUCCUGAUUCUCAGCCCCUACAGCUCUAACCACUAGACCCUACUCCCCUCACAGAACUGGGAAUGGAACCCAAGAAUCCUGAUGCCUAGUUUUAACCACCAGACCACUCAAUUACAUCAGUAUAAAUUAAGACUGAAGGGGUGACUACAGCUUGAGCAGUCAUAUCUGAAGCUAGCUUUACUCUCGCUAGCUCAGGUACCAGAGCAAUACUUCAGCACAGGCUGUACAAGCCUGUCUGGACCCCUGAGUCAUUAGUCACAGGACUAGCCCAUGCUGAAGCAUAUGCUGCUGCAGCGUCACUGUUCUGGGAGCCGAGCUAGCGAGAUGAAAACGAGCUGGGGUAUGUCUGCUCCAGUUGCAAUUGCAGCCUCUGACUGCAGCAUAGACAGACCCUAACUCAGCUGCUUUGUGUAUGUCUACACUACGGGAUUGCUCCGAUUUUAGAGAAUUCGAUUUUUGGC